GUCGAGGUUUUCGUUAGAGCAGAACUGCAGCGUUUGGCUAGUCACCACGAGCAUGCCCCACAACGGCUUUGAGAAUGGAGGAGGAGUCUUCUCCAACGGCCAGUCAAAUGGAGGUUAUGGCCAAGAGGAUAUAAAGCCGACAUAUGCACUGGAACACUUGGCCACGUUCAAAUUGAAAAAUGAGUCGGAAAUGAAACAGCCAAAGGAAAAAAUGAAACUGCUCGUGGAACUGGACAAAACUGGUGGCAUUUGGCCCCACAAGAUGUAUAUGUGCUUCAAUGGUCAGUGGCUUCUGAUGCUGGACGGUGAAAUGAGAGAAAUAGAAAACUUUCCGGGCAGCGUCAUAUCUGAGCCCACUGCCUUUAUCAGCGAUGACCCGUUGGAAACUUACAACAACAUUCUGAUAUUCUCCGUUCCGGGAAUUUCAUUGGGCAAUACGGAAAUGCACAUUUUCCAGGUCGCGGAUGUGAACUCUGUGCACUUGGUGGAGGAUUUACGUCAGCUUAGCAGUGGUAAGCCCGUCACAGUCGACCGCAACAAGACUCCCAUACGCUUGCCCAAGCCGGAUCGGUCCCAUCAGCAGGCUAAGGAUCAAUAUGGGUUCGCAGCAGCAGCAGAAAAGCAUUCACAAGAUCGCGAGCAGACAGAGCGUGACAUACAGGUGUUGAACCACUGUUUCGAGGAUAUUGAACGUUUUAUUGCACGGCUGACAUAUGCAGCGGCAGCCCUUAAGGAGCUUGAGUCGCGCAAGGACGAACAUAACCCUCAUGGUGAGGGACUUCUGUACCUGCGAUCACGCCCGCCAAUCGAGAGUGAAUUCAAUGAUAUUUUUGCGAAGAUAAAACUGGCUCUCAACUAUGUGGUCAAGCUGCAAAACUAUCUACCCAAAGGCAUCGUCCCGAUCCACAACAUUUUCAUUUCACUGAACACUAUAGUGAAUGUGAGCAACGAUGUGUACGCGGGCACCAAACUGCCAGAGAACGUGGUCAACCCUUUGUUGCGCAGGGAGACGGUUGGAUUCUUGAAUGGGUGCUUGGAUCCCCAGGAGAAGGAGUUGUGGUAUAGCCUAGGCCCUAACUGGUCGGUUCCAAAAGAUCAGUUCAAGGAUCACAAGGGCUCAUAUCAUCCCAUAUUCUAUGAUGAUUGGUCACCUGACUGGGUUGUCGAUGAAGAAGUUAAAUACUUGCCACCAGCUAUCAAAAAAGCCCAGUCACCCCUACCCAUUCCCCCCAGUCCAAGCCCUAACGUUAAUCGUACAUGGCUCAGUCGAUUGGAGAGUCGUAAUGUAGAUAUCGCAGAGGUUAUUUACAAUAAAUCUGCUACUAACGACAAGGAGCUAAACGUUACAACAGGCGAAUAUUUAGAGAUCAUUGACGACUCCCGAAAUUGGUGGAAGGCGCGCAAUUCCAAGGGCAAUAUUGGCUAUGUCCCGAACACAGUCCUCAAGCCUUACAACUUUGAACAUGUUCCCCACCGUAAUGGCCGCGAUACGGACUCUCUGGCCUCAGUCUCGUCUGGAAUAGAGAACGGAAAUGGUGACAUUCAUAAUCCCUUGUAUCGCAAUGCGAUGACCAUGUACGUUCCACCUGAACCUGUGGAACCUCAGCAACAGGUAGCUGCCAACAAGGGUAUGCCACGCUCGUUCUCCAUGCCAAAUGUUCCUGUGCCACCCCCAAUGCCGCCACCAACUGACAGCAACUUGCCAACACCUAGCGGUACAUUGAAGCGAAACAUGGCCGCAGCUGGGGCUCUAGCAGCAAUGCGCGCUCGCAAUGAGUGCGAUGCCGAUGACGAGGCCUAUCAAAUGCAGGGGGAUGUUAACGAUGAGUUGCGCAUUAUGUUGCAGCAGCGGCAGCGCCGAAAGGACCUUGAAAUUCUUAAGACUCCUGAAAUAUACAUCAAUCAAAACUCAAAACCUAAGGAGGUGGAGGAGUGGCUGCGCGGUAAGGGCUUCUCCGACAUUAUUAUAAAGCGUCUACACACGCUCAACGGGGAGGAGAUUUUUGCACUCAAGCCCCACACCAUCGAAAGCUAUUUUGGCCAAAAGGAAAGUCGUCGUCUCAUUUCCCAGAUCGUACUGCAAAAGAAUUUCUGCGAGUACAAAACUAUCCGAUCAUCGGAGCUAUCAGCCAAAUUGGCGCGGGCAAGGCAAAAGGCCGACCAACCAACCGCUGAUCCGAAUGAGGUUUUUUAAUUUUUUAAAUUACCAACUAGUUGUUGCACAGGCGAAACCAUCUUUCAAUGUUGUGCUGAUUUAGAGGUGCUCUUCGUGUAUAACAUUUCAUUGAACCCCCUGCGAAUCGCAUCUCUGUUAACCGCAUACAUUUUCACAAUAAUACUUUAUAUACAUAUGUACAUAUAUCUAAUCAAGUAGGUAAGCGCCAACAAUUAACAUUUACAAUAAAAUUCCCACUCUUAGCUGCCUA